AUGGCCUUUGCAACUCGACUUGGGCCGCUCACCAGCGAGCUUGUUGAAGCCGUAACCCACGUAUCCUCUCAGAGACACCCUGAGAGGCAUAAGCAUCAUCGCGAUGUGGUUCUACGGAAACUGAAAUCGCAUCCAUUUUUGCGCACAAAUCAAUUUGACGUCGCCAAUACUCUGGAUGGCCUUGAAGAGCGCUUCCGGGUGAAUAACCGAGAUGAUUUGGCGGAUAAUCUUCACGAGAGGCUGGAAAAGCUUCAAGACGUGUCAACUAAAUGGCAUCCUGAAAUCCUCUUCUUACUUCUUGAGCUCUCUGACCAACCGACUUUCAACACAGAGCUCACCGACCUUGAACUGCUACGGCAGCCUGAGGAAGACGAUGCCUCCGCAUUGCGCUGGGAGACGAUUGCCCAAGAAGAUGGCUGGGAUCAAGAUGCUGAGCUUUGGAAGUCGAUCAAAUAUAGUGACAGUUCAGAUGAGGAGUUGUCAUAUGCCAACACCGCAGAUGGCUCAGAUUCAUUAUCUGAAACUGAUCCUAGUGAUGCUGAGGGGCCAAUUAGGAAUACUGGAACCAAAAUAGUCCAUCCAGAAGACGAGUCGGUCUUCAGCUCAGUACGAGAGUCUCAAAGUUGGCGCACGGCCAAGCCUGCAACAGACGCAUCGGGGAGGAUACGCAAAGUCGGUGUCAGCGAAGCACAUGUUUUUCGUGAAGUUCUGUUCAUGCUUCAAGGCCUUGACACGACUCUCUUUGAUCGCAACAUUGUCCCAGUACCCUCUUUUCAAAUAUCGCACAUUGCGUGGGAUACGCACAGAGCGUUAAUCAACACUUUUGCUGAGUUUGGCCGGCGUCUUGCCCCUCUUAGGAAAUUCAUGAAGAAAAGUCAAGAUUUGGCCCAUAUACAAGCAUUUCAAGAUUCCAUCGGAAGCCAUUUGCUCGACUUUGACCAAAAAUUGUCGGAAAUACACGCCCGCCUUGCGUGCCCCCAAAAAGACGAAGUUGUUAGCCUGAUGGCUUUGAAGACAGAACUAACUCCGUGGCUACGACCGUUGCAUGCAUUGGCAGAAGUCGUUACCGGAAUGAACGACACCUCUGACUCCGGAGCUUUUCGUCAUCUCGAGUUGCUAUACCAAGGCGCAACACUGGCUCAAUCGAGUGAGGAUACAUUGAUAUAUGUGUCUCUUGCACGUGUCUUCGUAAAAUGUUUCAACGUCUAUCUAAGACCUAUUAGGCUAUGGAUGGAUGAAGGCAAGCUGCAGACUGGUGGCUCGUUCUUCAUAUACGAAACAUCGGCGGAAUUGACUCUUGGUCGUAUAUGGAGUGAUCGGUUCAAGUUUCGUACCGGUGUGGACGGAAAUCUUCAUGCGCCUAUGUUCCUCCAACCCGCCGCGAGCAAGAUUAUGAAUGCGGGAAAAAACAUCGUGGUCUUGAAGCGUUUGGAGUAUCAAUCCAUUCUACGUCACGUGGAGGAAGAAGAGCCAUUUCUGGACUACGACUCUAUUUGUCCAGCUGGGUUUGAAUUCGCGCCAUUUCCAGAUCUUUUCGCUGCUGCUUUUGAGCGCUGGAUACAAAGCAAAUACCGUUCGACAUCGACCACCCUCAAGACGGCCCUAUUUGAACAGUGCGCGUUGUUUUCCAACCUAGAUUCACUGGAGAGACUUUAUUUCAUGUCAGAUGGAUCUGCGUCGACCAUCUUCCACGAGGCCAUAUUCGCCAAGAUGAAUUCUCUUGACCCCUCAUGGAGAAGUCGAUACUUCUUGACAGCGAUUGCUCAGGAAGCUUUCGGGGCUCUGCUAGACGCGGACCGUUUAACUGUUAUUGUGGAUAAGCUGGGGAUGGAUGAAUCUCCUACUUCUGCAAGAGACUCUGUACGAUCUGUACUUCCACAUGUUAAGAUUGACUAUCGCCUCACAUGGCCGGUACAAAUGAUUCUGUCAUCAACGAGCAUGGAGAAUUACCAGAAGAUCUUCUCUCUCCUUCUUCAGUUCAAGAGAGCCGCGUAUGAGCUACACAAACCCAAGAUUUUGGACCAUUACUGGACAGACCACGAGGACUGGGAGGCACGAGCACUGUAUUACUCAUGCCGAACUAGGAUUUUGUGGUUUUGUAAUACGAUGCAAAACUACAUAUCGACACUGGUACUCACACCUCACCUCUUGGAAAUGAGACAAAAACUCCGAGAAGCUCAAGAUGUAGACGCCCUCAUCAUUGUGCACGAUACAUUUAUGAAGAAUAUUGUCGAUGGUGUUUGCCUCGGGGCUCGGCUUGAACCGAUCAGGGAAUGCAUGUCUGAUAUAAUGGACCUAGCGAUCAAGCUGGAGCAAUCAUAUGCAGGGAAUACGACCUUGGAAGCGCUGAGCGAGAUACAGAAGGAUUUUGAGAGACAUUUACGGUUUAUCACAGAAGGUCUGCGAAGUGUGGCCAGGGCCAAGGGUGACUCCCAAUCAGCGAAAUGGGACACAUUGGCAGAGAUGCUUCAGAUGGGCAAUUCGAGAUGA